GGGCUCCCGUGCAGUGUGUGAGCCGGAGUUUUGGUGCUGUGACAUCUGUUGCUGAUCGGGGCUGCAGCCGGGAUGGGGAGACUCAGCGGUUCCAUGCGAUGUGUCAAGUACCUGCUGUUCACCUUCAACCUCAUCUUCCUGCUUGCAGGCUCAGCAAUAAUUGGUGUGGGGUUGUGGCUUCUUCUUGGAGGGAACAUUAAAGAAUUAAGUGACGGCGAUGAAGACGUAUAUGCAUUCUUUUUUAUUGGUCUUUAUGUGCUGAUAGGAGCUGGGGCUCUGAUGAUGCUUAUUGGCUUCUUUGGUUGUUGUGGAGCAGCUCGUGAAUCUCAGUGUUUGCUUGGAGCGUUCUUUGUUUGCUUACUGGUAAUUUUUGCUGCGGAAAUCACCGCUGGAGUCAUUGCAUUUUUGGGUAAACAAGAGGCUGUGAAAGGGGUGAAAAAAAUUUACACAGAAGCUUACAACGAUUUUGUACAGAAGAAAGGAGAGAACACAACUUUAGUAGAAGUUCACACUUUAGCAAAGUGUUGUGGGACUGAUGAUCCAAAGAGUGCAGAAGAUUUGGGAAACUUAUGCUUAGAAGAAUAUAAGGAACACAAGGACUGCCUGAAAGAGAUUGAGAAGGUGAUACAUCACCAUUUCCAGAUUGUGGGAAUACUUGCAGUCGCUACAGCAGGCAUAACUUGCCUGAAUACGACCUAUUUUAUGUGGAGCACAACCCUUGUGCAGUGUACUCAAUGGCAGCACAUCAUAGAACUUUGUGCAUCCCCAUAUACUGCCAAAUCAGGUGCCGUAUAGACAUAAAUAUUUAAAGAUUUUCGGCAUGAUCUUUAGUAUGGUCCUCUGUUGUGCUAUCCGCAAUUCAAGAGAUAUGUUGUGAUCAUCUGAUGCACUGUUCCUUCUCCCAGUCUGGAUGAAAGCACUACCUGCUGGCACAGGGACAGGGAUACCUGACAGCUUGGACAGUCAUCUUGUUUUUGUAACCAAGCUACUGUAUGUAAAAUAAGUAAAGUGCUAUAAGUUGUGCUGUCUAUUAAGCUAUGCAAUUUACUACUAACAGAAAGUUUUUUAAGUUUAAAAAAAAAAAAAAAAUCCCAUAUAGAGUGACAGUUUCGCUAAAGGUUCAUGGGAUUGCUUAUACAGCAUUUCCUUUCUAUGAUUUCAGCAUUAAACAUUGGAAGUGAGCGUUGUCAUCUUGGUUUGAUUUCAAAAUGGACAAUUCAUUUGAAUAGAAAUUUAAAGUAUACUUCCUAAUUCAAUUAAAAGUUACAGGGAGGUAGAUUUGACUUGUAAAUCGGCCAUAUUCUUUAUUAAGGGAUUGUCUUAGAUUAGGGGGAAAAAAAAGUAUCCUUUUUGUGCAGAUGCAACCAUAUUCUUGUUCAUGGGCUGUGCUUGAUAUAGCAGUUAUUUCCCAUUUAAGUUGCUAAAGCUUGGCUGCAAUAUUAGACAGAGUCUAUGGACAAGAGUAGUGCCGUUUUUAAACUAAUAUUGUGACAACACCUUUAAAAUGGUCAGGAAUAUGCUAAAUAGACAGCUGUGCAUAUGAUAUAAAAAUCUAAGUUUAUUCCAUUCUAAAGUGCAACAGCCUUUAAAUCUAUGUAAACCUUUCACUUUGGACACUUUUAACACAGAGAAAAGGAAGAAAGUCAAUGCAGCCAGGAGCAUAGUGCAGCUGGAUCAGAUUCAGCAGAAGAGAAGAGAAGCUGUAAAAGUGUUACACAGAACAUACAACAGAAAAAUGGCAGGAAAUUUUUUAUAAAGACUACAUAGUGGUUAUAUUUAGUGUUUAGUAAACAAGUGAAUUAAAAUAGUUGUUCAUAGCCUUCAUUAUCAAUCAUAAUGUUUCACAUUGUAGUUUCAUAUUAAUAUGUAAAACUUUGAAGUGCUUUAAUAAAACUACAGAUAAUUAGCUUCCUGCCUACUUAAAAAAACUUAAAGUGGUCAGCCUACACAAUGAAGGCAAAUCCAUAAUAUACUGUCAUUAUUGUUUCUGUCAAUACACACUUAUCACAGUCAAAUUUAACACUAUCACUCUCACACAGAAAAGACAGCAAAGGCUGUCUACAUGCACCAUAUGGCAGCUCAUGGAGUCCCUUUGGGUCUGCAUUACAGAACCUAUGGACAUUCUGUGUGACACUAUAUACGGCCUCCUCAAGAUGCCAGUCUCUUCCCUAACUCAGUUAUGUGAUGGCACAUGCCACCAUUUUUCAAAUAAGUUCAAAACUUAGAAAAAUAAAAACUUUGUCCAACUGUAUAAAAAUGAAAGGCACUUGGAGGUACACUUUGAACUCGUAGAAUUCUAUCGGCUUUAUCAUGGAUUUAUACAACACAGAUCAGUAAUAUGCCAUAAGCAAGAGCGCAAAAAAAUUGUUGAUUUUAGAACCUAUAAAUGUGUUUUCUCCACUCCUUAAUUAAUCAGGUUUAUAAAGUACUUAAGGAAAAACUCCAAUGAGAAAUUAAAAAAAAUAAUAGCCAUUGUGUCUGUGGGUGUAAAGCUGUAGCUAAGUUUUCUGCCCUAGCCCUAAUCCCGAUGAAGACACCAUAGCUUGCUGACACCCAGAGUACAUGCCCCAGUAGCCCUUCCUUAGCUGUAUACCUGCUUUCUGUACUUUAAUAUCACUGUAAGAGUAUGGUUUGUAAAUUACAGCUGUUUCUGGCUGUUAUUUAUUUAACCCAUUUUUCCCACAUUAGUAAAUCAUCCAGCUUUGUCAAUUGCCUUUACCUAAACAAUAUCGGUUUAUAGGUGCAACCAAACAUGUGACCAUCUUGCUCCUCCCAGGGAUUAAAAGAUUAAAAUAAAAAUGACAGUUGAAAAUUAUAUAUGUAAUAUUAUUAUGAAAUGUAAAAUAAGAAAUAUGUCCAUUCUGUUUUAUAAGUCUGAUCAUCACAGGUGUCCUAUAAGGGUUUAAUCAUUAUAAAGUGACUUAAAGGAGAAUUCCAGUGAAAAUUAAAGAGGUUAUCCAGGAAAAAAAAAAAUUCAUAUAUCAACUGGCUCCAGAAAUUACUUAUAUUAAAAAAUAUUCAUCCUUUCGGUACUUAUGAGCUUCUGAAGUUGAGUUGUUCUUUUCUGUCUAAGUGCUCUCUGAUGACACGUGUCUCGGGAACCGCCCAGUUUAGAAGCAAAUCCCCAUAGCAAACCUCUUCUACUCUGUGCAGUUCCUGAGACAAGCAGAGAUGUCAGCAGGGAGCACUGUUGCCAGACAGAAAACAACAACUCAACUUCAGCAGAUGAUAAUUAUUGAAAGGAUUAAGAUAUUUUUAUAGAAGUAAUUUACAAAUCUGUUUAACUUUCUGGAGCAAGUUAAUAUAAAAAAAAAAAAAACAGUUUUCCUGGAAUACCCCUUUAACUUCUCCCUGUUCAGUAGAUCGGAGGGUCCCAGAGGUUGGACCCCAGUUACUUAUCCCUUAUCCUGUGGAUAGGGGAUAAGUUAAUUUUCAAUGGAUAUCUCCUUUAAAUACUGGAGAUAUUAUUUGGUUCAUGCAAUGAAGGAUAUGAUACGGAAUGAUAUGAACUGUUAUGUGGCCUUCAAGCAUUAAAUCUUCAGAGAGGUAGUGCCACACAGCAUGCUGUAGCAGAUUUUGCAGUUGUAGCAUUAUGUAAUUUACUACUGUACAAAUUUACUGUGCUGCUUUUUUCUGUGUAAAAUGACUUAGCCCUUAUGUUUAUAUGUAGUUACUGUAACAACCUAUUUUACUGAAAAUGUCAAUAUUGCUGUAAAGUUCCUGUAAAGACAGUAGAUACAUGUAUAUCGUUUGAGACCAUUUUAUGCCUUUGA